GGGAGAUCAGUUAUAGUGAAUGCAGGGUCCGGGGAGACCAGAUAUAGUGAAUGCAGGGUCCGGGGAGACCAGAUAGAGUGAAUGCAGGGUCUGGGGAGACCAGAUAUAGUGAAUGCAGGGUCCUGGGAGACCAGAUAUAGUGAGUGCAGGGUCCUGGGAGACCAGAUAGAGUGAAUGCAGGGUCCGGGAAAACCAGAUAUAGUGAAUGCAGGGUCUGGGGAGACCAGAUAUAGUGAAUGCAGGGUCCUGGGAGACCAGAUAUAGUGAAUGCAGGGGUCCUGGGAGACCAGAUAUAGUGAAUGCAGGGUCUGGGGAGACCAGAUAUAGUGAAUGCAGGGUCCUGGGAGACCAGAUAUAGUGAAUGCA